CUCCCCAACAUUGUUUCACGUACAGGAUCCAGCAUGAGUCCAUCACCAAUUCACAAGUGCCUCAAAAUCGUCUACACGAAGACUGUAGACAACUUCCUCCUAGUAGUCUCAAUGUCGCUCACAGUUGCAGCUAUCGUUGCGAUGGCAAGAAGCAACACUAACGAUCUUCUCACUGAUCGAGUCCAAGCCCUCAACCAUUCACAUCAGAUCUUGCUGAUGAUCGGGUUGUUCUUAGCCACCGCGGUGACCGUGUACAUCAUGCAGCGCCCGCGCAUGGUGUACCUCAUCGACUACGCUUGCUUCCGGCCCCCACACAACUACCGUGUUCCCUCUGCCUCUUUUGCCGAGCAUGUCCGCCAUGUAAGCCAGUUCAGCGAGCGUAGUAUCCGUUUCUUGACACGGCUUCUCGAGAGAUCGGGCCUUGGUGAGGAGACGAGCCUGCCUCCGCUCAGCUUCUACAUCGAAGGUCACAAGUACAGCACACUGGAGGCUGGUCUCAAGGAGGUUGAGCUGGUCAUCUUCUCCGCCAUCGAUGAUCUCCUUGCCAAGACAGGCAUCGAUCCUACCACCAUCGACAUAGUUGUCGUAAACUGCAGCGGAUUCAGCCCAGCGCCAUCUAUGCCAGAUAUGAUUGUAAGCAAGUACAAGAUGCGUAGCGACAUCCGCAGCAUCCAUCUGUCUGGAAUGGGGUGCAGUGCUGGGUUGAUCUCAAUAGAGCUUGCAAAGAACCUGUUGCAGGCGAUGCCCCAAGGUGCACGAGCACUAGUCGUAUCCACAGAGAUCCUGACACCCAACUACUAUCUUGGAAACGAGAGAGCUAUGCUGCUUCCAUAUUGCUUGUUCCGCAUGGGUGGAGCUGCCGUGCUGUUAUCGACAUCACCAGCAAAGGCCCGAUUCAGGCUCAAGCACAUCAUACGGACACUCACUGCAGGAGACGAUAGAUCUUACCGAUGCAUCUACCAGGAAGAGGAUGACAAGGGGAACACAGGGGUCAACCUCUCCACUGACCUCAUAGAAGUUGCUUCCAACACAUUCAAAACCAACAUCACCACGGUUGCGCCGCUCAUCCUCCCGGUCUCUGAGAAACUGCUGUUUGCACUGUCCUUCGUAUCACAAAAGCUUUUCAAGAUGAGGGAGAAGUUGCGCAUGCCUAACUUGCUCACAGGGUUCGACCACAUUUGCGUCCAUGCAGGUGGGCGUGCGGUGAUCGAUGGGAUCCAACGCAGCCUGUGCCUGUCAGAUGAGCAUGUUGAGCCAUCUAGGAUGACACUUCAUCGGUUCGGCAACACAUCCAGCAGCUCCUUGUGGUAUGAACUGGCAUACGUAGAGGCCAAGGGCCGGAUGCGCAAGGGCGACCGGGUAUGGAUGAUUGGGUUUGGGUCUGGGUUCAAGUGUAACAGUGCAGUAUGGGAGUGCAUCAUUCCAGCCAGCAAUGAAGAUGGACCUUGGGCUGGGUGCAUCCAUCGUUAUCCAGUACAUAUUCGUUAAUAUUCAUAAAGCAUGUUGUAGCAAACGCAGAAACUUUUUUUUAAUAAUUCAAAUAAAGAAACUUAAACGUUACCAAUAAAAUGUAAUUUUAAGUCUUUGUAAUCUUGCGCCCAAUCAGCUGUACUUAGCUAUGGUAUCAUGUUGGGCGCCCUUAUCAUGCAUGUUUCUGUGAAAUUAAACGGGCCUUUGAGCCUGUAUAUAAGAAAAAUCAAAACUCCUAAUA